CAAUCCAACCAACUCCAUUUUCCCAAAAUGAGCGUAGUAAUCCUUGACGGCACCACCGUCCGAUCCUUCGUCGGCGACGAAACCGCCUUCAACAAAAGCAUCGACGGGCGCUUCGCCGCCCUCGACCUCAACGGCGACGGUGUCCUCUCUCGCUCCGAGCUCCGUCGCGCCCUCGAAACUUUUCGGCUCACCGAAACUGAUUUCGGCCUCGACACCGUUACGCCUUCGGAUCAGAUAUCAGCCCUCUACGAUUCCAUCUUUGAACAGUUCGAUAUCGACCAGAACGGCACCGUCGAUCUCGCCGAGUUCCGAUCCGAGAUGAAGAAGAUACUCCUCGCCAUCGCCGAUGGACUUGGCACUUCUCCCGUUCAGAUUGCGCUAGAGGCGGACGAGGAUGGAGGGCUUAGCUUGCUUCAGGAAGCAGCGGAUCUUGAGGCCUCGAAGAUCGCCGGCGGCCAGCGUAAUUAGGUAGAUUAUGGCGUGCUUUAGAAGCUAUAAGCAUAUAAUAAUGGAGGAUCAGAUUCCUGAUGUAUUUUAUAUAUGCUUGAGAUAAGAGCUUAUGCUUUUUUUUUUGUUCCAAGUUUGUGAGUUGUGCUAAACAAUUAUGGUAUUUUCAUUUUAUAUUAUUGCAUUCGCCCUAAUAUUAUUAGGGCAGAAAUAA